ACAGUGGUUAGCAGAUACGAUUUAUCUGUCCACUUGAAGAGUGAUCUGAACUCGACAUGCGAUUGUACCACGGAUUACUGUUGGCACUGUUGAUAAUUGUCCAAGUGACAUUAACAGUUGCCGAACAAUCAGCGAACGAUGAAGCCGAAAGAAAACACCAUCAUCGGCCGAGGAAGCACUCUGACGAACAUACUACACACGACGACUACAUCGAGCCGGCCUCAGACGAGGACAGCUGGGGCGCGAGGCACCGGCAUCAUAGGAGGAGGGACGAUGAAGCGGAACACAUAGUUCCCAUCUCUGAUGAUUUGAGAAGAAUACUAGGAAUAAGAAGCCACAAGGAAUGCAGUGACCUUCUGUAUCAGCUGACCGGCCAUCACGACGAGACCUCUGCCUUGAAGUACAUCGAAAGCAUCACAGGACUCAGUGAUGAGCAUCAAGUCUUCGAGUUCCUGAGAAAGGCGAAGGGUUCCAGGAGUUGGAAAUACGUGGUGGAAUUCUUGAAGCUCAUGGACGAUGCUCCAUAUAUCAACACGAUUGUGGAGCUGUUGAAACAAAUGACAAACGAGAAUGACGUAUUGAAGGCGUUUGCUGUUAUGAAGCCUCUGAUCGGCCAUGAUGACUUCGACGGCAUUUACGAAAGUCUGCAGAAAAUUUCGGGCGAAAAAGAUCCGCACGAAAUUGCUGAUUAUUUCAAGCAUAUUGCUCACACAAGCGGAGUAGAAGGCGUGAAGCUUGAGAUCUUGAAGUUGACGAGUGGUAUUGGACCAGCGGAGUUCCCCAAACUUCUAGAAGUACUGCUGCCUGAGAUAGAUAUGAAGGGAGCAUUCAAUCUCCUUAUUUUGGGCACGAGGACCUUAGACAUUGGUGACGCGAUAACAGCUGUCAACCGAUUGUUGAAGACCAAUUCACUCACCGAGAGUAUAAUUCUGUUGAGAACUGUGACUAAGCAGACACAAACGAAAUACGCCUUAGAAGAACUAACGCAAUCCUUGAAUCGCGGCAGUUUGAGGGUGAUUAUAGAGAACCUGUACAAGGUGGGCGGCUGUGACAGCUUGCUGCAAGUUCAACAGAUAUUCAAUGAAGUGUUCGGAACUGACAACAUAGUGGCCGUAAUCCAUAAGAUUAACCAGGUGACAAAGCGUCAGUAUGCGCUGUACUUCCUCAACUCCCUGGUGGACGUCACGCAGACGAAGAACAUUCGAGAAGCCGCCGACGUCAUUCUGGGACUUACGGAUAGACAGCUGUCUCUUUUGGACGUCUUGGAGCAACUCCGCAUCAGAUCAGGUCAUGAAGAUAUCAUUGACUUCUUUAAGAGACUCAUGUCCAUUACUGGAACCAAAUCCGUUCAAGAAGCGUGGCAGGUGUUGAUAUCGGUCACAUCUACCACCGAUAUAUUCGUUUUCUUCGACAAAGUGAACAAGUAUACGAGUGUGGAGGUCAUAGUGUUCCUCGAGACGAUACUACGAGUCACCAAUGCUACCAACAUCAGGGUAGCGGCCGCCAUGUUGGCUAAAAUCUGCGGGUUAGACGAUUUCUUCGACAUCAUCCUGGUGAUAUUUGAAAUAACAGAAAUGGAUAUCGUCAAAUUCUUCGAGAACAUUAUAACGAUCAGUAAAGCAUUUUAUUUAGAGGAAGCUGUGCUUGUAACUGAGGAUUACACGUCUACAGACAAUUUCAUCGACGCAUUGAGGGACUUAAGAAGAGCUACAGGACAACCAACCAUGAUAAAAGCGAUAGACUACAUAAAACAGAACAAGCCUCGCAUCGCCCGAUCGACGACCACUUCAACGACAACAGUUCGGCCAACAACAACCACUGAACAAUAUUACAGCGAAGAAGUAUACGACGACGAUGACUUCUCCGAUGAAGAAGCUACUACUACAGAGAAAGAAUGGACCACUAGAGACAAACCGGUUCAUACCGGAUCUAAUCAUAAACAAGAAUAUGGAGAAAAUGAUGAAACUGUUAAUAAGAAAGACACUAAAAAGAAUACCAGUUCUAACGAUGACCAAGAUUACGAAGAUGAUGAAACUGUUCAUAAUAAAAAGAAAAUAACUACAUCUACUGAUGAACAUGAUACUAAUAUACAAAGAAAGAACACUCAUGUUAAGAAAUAUACCACUUCUGAAGACGAUUAUACUACUAAUGAAGAUGAAACAAUAUCUGAUGUAAAUGAAGACACUGAAGAUGAUGAAAUUGAUCGAUCUUCUACGAAAGCAACUAAUUCACAUAAACACGCAAGUUCCACUGAUGAACAUGAUUCUGAACAUAAACAUACCUCUUCCACUGAUAAACAUUCUAAUAACAAAGAAUCUACUACUGAUGAUUAUGAAGAUGAUGAAGACAUCAUUGAGGACCAAAAUGACGAAAACGCUACAAGCGUAAUAUCUGCUGAGAAACAAACAACUACCAAUGAUGAAGAAACUACUGAUAAUGAAUCUACUUCUAAAACACAGACUGGUACCAGAAAGCAAUCUUCUACGAAACACAACACUUCUAACAAAGAAAAUAAUGAUACUGAAGAUGAUGAAGAUUUUACUACGUCUACUGAGGAUGACGAUGAUUAUACCGACGAACAAACAAACAACAGAAAGAAACAUGUCACUACUAAUCAUGAACAUAGAAUAACAAGUGAAGGCCAAGAUAAUUCUGACAACCAAGACAGUAUAGAUGAAGAUAAUUUUACUGAUGAAAAGACUACUGAAUAUUUAGGCUCCAAAACGUACUUUACAACUGUAUCAAGUACUAUUAAAGAUGAUGAUGUAGUAGAAAUAGAAGAUAUUACUACAACGGACUCUAGUGCUAUACAGGACGCUGAUACUAGUGACUCCAUUACUACAAAGAGCACUAUUGAACAGGACCACAAUGCAAUAACAACAGACAGUACUCGUACUGUAGAAGUCACGACUGAUGACAUUAGCGCUGCAGAUGAAAGUACCAUAAAAUCAACUACAGCUGAAAUUGCCUACACUGUCACAGAAGGUACUGUAACCACAGAAAUCGCUGUUAUCAACACAGAAGGCGCUACUACUAACACAGAAGACGAUGUUGUCACCACUGAAGAUGACGUAACUACCGAUGAAAGUGUUGUUACCUUGACAGAAGGUGCUGUUACAACGGGAAGCACUAUUACCACAACACAGGCCUCAAUUGACUCCACAGAUGGCAUUAUUGUUACACCAAAAGGCACCGUUAUUAUCACAGGCAGCGCUGCUCCUACAACUGAAGGUGACUUAACUAAAGAAGAUGCGGUUACAACAGAAGGUGUUGUUACUAUAACAGAAAAUGCUUUUACCGCCAGUGAAGGAGCUGUUACCGACUCAGAAGGCACUAUUACAUCAGAAGGCUCUAUUAGUACGACGGAAAGCACCGUGACCGUCACGGAUGCUGCAAUUACGGGCACAGAAGGCGCUGUUUCCACAGAAGGCUCUAUUAACAACAUCGAAGACACUAUUACCGCCACGGAUGCUGCACUUACGGCUACAGAAGGCGAUGUUACUGCAGAUGGCGAUGUAACAACAACGGAAAGCGCUAUUACCACAACACAAAUUUCUAUUGCCUCCACAGAAGGUACCGUUACUUCAACAGAAGGCGCUGUGAAUGCAACUGAAGACGCGAUUACUACAGAAGAUGAUGUUACUAAAGACAACGCUGUUACCACCACAGAAGGCGCCGUUACUAUCACAGAAAGCGCACUCACUGCCAUUGAAAACGCUGAUAUCUCGACAGAUAGCGGUAUUACCGCAGACGGUGUUGUUAUAACCACAGAAGGAGCUACUAGCACAGAAGGCGCUAUUAGCACAGAAGGCGCUAUUAGCACAGAAGGCACUAUUAGCACAGAAGGCGCUAUUAGCACAGAAGGCGCUACUAGCACAGAAGGCGCUACUAGCACAGAUGGCGCUAUUAGCACAGAAGGCGCUAUUAGCACAGAAGGCGCUGUGGCCACCACGGAAAGUGACAUUAUCCCUUCAACUGAUGCAGCCAUUAGUGAGGCUAGUGGUACAACUGACGCUGUAACUACAGAGAUUAGUAGUAGAACUACAAGUGACUCUGUGACCACAGAAGUCAUUGGUACAACUGGCGCGAUGACUGCAGAGGCUAGUGGUACAACGGGCGCUGCCACAAUAGAAGACAAUGGAACUACAGAAGCAGCUACUAGUACAAAUGACGCCACGACUAGAGAGGCUAGUGGUACAGCUUCCGCUGUGACUACAGAAGUCAUUGGUACAAAUGAAUCUGCUACCGAACAAACUACAGAAGUAGUUUCCGAUGAAACAAAUAUAAAACAGGAUUCAACUAGUGGCGCAGAAUCUCUGUAUCAAGAUAUUACUACAACCGAACGGAAUACUGUCAGAGACAGCGGUAUAACUACUGAGCAAGCUAGUACUUCUGAGGGCGAAACUGGAUCUACAACUACAGACAGCCCAGUCACUACAGAGAGCGCAGUUACCACAGACAGUGGUGUAACCAAAGAUAGUGCAAUAACUACAGAAAGCGUUAUUGCCACAGAGAGCACAAUUACCAUAGAUAGCAACGUUGAAACCGAGAGCGCUGCUACCACAGAGAGCGCAGUUACCACUACAGAGAGCGUUACCACAGACAGUAGUGUUACUGAAGAGAGAGCAGUCCCCACAGGUGUUGUUGAUGAACAUGCUGUUGCUGAGGGCACUAUUACCACAGACAGCCCAGUUACUAUAGAUAGCACAGUGCACACAGACAGUGGUGUUACUAUUGACAGCGCAGUCACAAAAGACAACGCAGUCACUGAUAGCGAAGUUACCACAGACAAUGCAGUGACCACAGAGAACCCAGUUACCACAGACAUCGCUGCUACCAUAGACAGCGCAGUAACCACAGGCAACGAAGUUAUCACUGAGAGCUCAGUUUCUACAAAGAGCGCAGUUACCGCAGACAAUGGCUUUAACAAAGAGACCGGAAUAACUGCAGAGAGCGAAAUUGCCACCACCACCAUUGACAACGCUGUCACUACAGAGAAUGCAGUAUCCACUGACAGCAUUAAUACCACAGACACAACAAUUACCACAGAGAGCAAAGUUGAAACAGAAAGCGCUGCUACCACAGAGAUCGCAAGCACUACACAGAGCACAAACGCAGUUAACACAGACACUAGUGUUACCGAAGAGUGGGCAGUGUUUACAGACAACGCACUUACUACUGAUAUUACCACAGAUAUUGUUGAUGGUGACAAUACUGUUGCUGAGGGCGCUGGUACCAUAAACAGCCCAGUUACCACUGACGAUGGCGUCACAAGUGCGGUUACUAUAGAAAGCGCAGUGACUACCGAUAGCGCGGCUACCACCAGUAGCGCAGUUAACGCAGACAGUAGUGUUGUCACUGACGGCGCAGUCACCACAGAGAACACAGGUUCCACAGAGAGUACAUUCACCACAGAGAGAGCAGUUACCACAGGUAGUGAUAUUAACACAGAUGUUAGAAGAGGAGAGAAUGCAGUUGUUGAGGGCGCCGUCACAGAUAGCACAGUUACUACUGAUAGCGCAACUACCAAAGAUAGCGCAGUUAUCCCUGAAAGUGCAGUAACUAUAGACAGUAGUGUAACUACAGAAAGCGCACUGACCAUCAAUAGUGGUGUCACCACAGACAGUGGUAUUACUGAUGACAGUGGCAUUACUACCGAGCGCUCAGUUACCACGGAUAACACAGUUGUUUCUGACAGCGCAGUUAACACAGACAGUGACAGUGGCGUUACCACAGAGAGCGCGGCUGCCGCAGAAAACGUAUUUACAACUGAGAGCGCUGUUAUCACGGACAGUGGAAUCACCAAAGUGAGUGAUGUUACUGCAGAAAACGCUAUCUAUGAAGGCACAGUCACCACAAAAAACGCUUUUACCACUGUCAGCGAUGUUAUCACAGAGGGCGAAGUUACCACAGAGAGUGCAGUUACCAAUGACAUUGGUGUUUCCACAGAGACCGCGGUUACCACAGAGAGCGCAGAUACCUACGAUAGCUCUGUUACCACAGACAAUGCACUUUAUUCAGAGCGUGCAGAUACCUCAAAGGAUGCAGUUACCACUGACAGCGCAGAUAUCACCGAUAGCUCCGUUACAGACAGCUAUAUUAUCACAGAAGGUGCUGUUACCACAGACAAUGAUGUAACUACAGACAACAAAGUAACCGUAGAGCGCGUAAUAACUACAGAGAGCGCCAUUGCUGAAGACAACGCUGACACUACGGACAGAGCUAUCACUACAGACAGUAUGAAUACCGUAAGAAACAAUGAUGUUACAGAAAGCUCUACCACAGACAAAGCAGUUACCACAGACAAAGCAGUGACCACAGACAAAGUUACCACUGAGAGCGAAGUUACCACAGACAAUGCAGUGACUACAAACAACGCAGUUACCACUGACAUCGCAGAUAUCACCGAUAGCUCCGCUAUCAUAGACAACACAGUUACCACAGAUAACGCAGUUACCACAGAGAGUGCAGUUACCACAAUCAGCACAGAUAUCACCGAUAGCUCUGUUAUCACAGACAAUGGUGUUACCAUAGACAAUGCAGUAACCACAGACAACGCAGUUACCACAGAGAGUGGAGUUACCACAGACAACGCAGUUACCACAGACAACGCAGUUACCACAGAGAGUGGAGUUACCACAGACAACGCAGUUACCACAGACAACGCAGUUACCACAGAGAGUGCAGUAACCACAGACAACUCACCUAUCACUGACAGCAAAGUUACCACAAACAAUGCAGUUACCACAGACAGCGACACUACCAUGGCAGUUAAUUCGGAUAGUUCUGACAAUGUUCCAACAGAAAAAACUGUGAUCCCUGAUGGCAUUGAUAGUGCAGAAGAGUCUAUAACAACAGAAGGUGCUGUUGAUAGCAAGGACGCUGUCGUCGAAGGUGAGGACACCACGAAGAGCACUGACAGCGAAAUUACCAUAGAUAAUGCAGCUACCACUGACAGUGAAGUAACCACAGACAACGCAGUCAUCACUGAUAGCGCAGUAACCACAGACAACGCAGUCAUCACUGAUAGCGCAGUAACCACAGACAACGCAGUCAUCACUGACAGUGAAGUUACCACAGACAACGCAGUCAUCACUGAGAGCGAAGUUACCACAGACAACGCAGUCACCACAGAGAGUUCUGUUACCACAGACAACGCAGUCAUCACUGAUAGCGAAGUUACCACAGACAACGCAGUCACCACAGAGAGUUCUGUUACCACAGACAACGCAGUCAUCACUGAUAGCGAAGUUACCACAGACAACGCAGUCAUCACUGAGAGCGCAGUUAUCAUUGAGAGCGAAGUUACCACAGACAAUACAGUUACCACAGAGAGUCUUCUUACCACUGAUAGCGAAGUUACCACAAACAACGCAGUCAUCACUGAUAGCGAAGUUACCACAAAUAACGCAGUCAUCCCUGACAGCGAAGUUACCACAGACAACGCAGUCAUCACUGAUAGCGCAGUAACCACAGACAACGCAGUCAUCACUGAUAGCGCAGUAACCACAGGCAACGCAGUCAUCACUGAUAGCGCAGUAACCACAGACAACGCAGUCAUCACUGACAGUGAAGUUACCACAGACAACGCAGUCAUCACUGAGAGCGAAGUUACCACAGACAACGCAGUCACCACAGAGAGUUCUGUUACCACAGACAACGCAGUCAUCACUGAUAGCGAAGUUACCACAGACAACGCAGUCAUCACUGAGAGCGAAGUUAACACAGACAAUGCAGUUACCACUGAGAGCGAAGUUACCACAGACAACGCAGUCAUCACUGAUAGCGAAGUUACCACAGACAACGCAGUCAUCACUGAGAGCGAAGUUACCACAGACAACGCAGUCAUCACUGAGAGCGCAGUUAUCAUUGAGAGCGAAGUUACCACAGACAAUACAGUUACCACAGAGAGUUCAGUUACCACUGAUAGCGAAGUUACCACAAACAACGCAGUCAUCACUGACAGCGAAGUUACCACAGACAACGCAGUCAUCACUGAGAGCGAAGUUACCACAGACAACGCAGUCAUCACUGAGAGCGCAGUUAUCAUUGAGAGCGAAGUUACCACAGACAAUACAGUUACCACAGAGAGUCUUCUUACCACUGAUAGCGAAGUUACCACAAACAACGCAGUAAUCACUGACAGCGAAGUUACCACAGACAACGCAGUCAUCACUGAUAGCGCAGUAACCACAGGCAACGCAGUCAUCACUGAUAGCGCAGUAACCACAGACAACGCAGUCAUCACUGACAGUGAAGUUACCACAGACAACGCAGUCAUCACUGAGAGCGAAGUUAACACAGACAAUGCAGUCAUCACUGAUAGCGCAGUAACCACAGGCAACGCAGUCAUCACUGAUAGCGCAGUAACCACAGACAACGCAGUCAUCACUGACAGUGAAGUUACCACAGACAACGCAGUCAUCACUGAGAGCGAAGUUAACACAGACAAUGCAGUUACCGCUGAGAGCGAAGUGACCACAGACAAUGCAGUUAUUAGUGACAGCGCAGUUACCAGUGACAACGUCGUUACCACGCAGACCUCAGAUACAAGUGACAGCACCGUUACCACGCAGAGCUCGGUUACCAGUGACGUUACCACGCAAAGGGCAUUUACCACAGAAGGCACUGGUGCCACGGAAGGUGUUGUAGUCAGAAACGACGCUUACGCUCAAGGAGCGUUCACUGCAGAGCUUGCAUUUACCACUGAUAGCAGCUUUACCACGGAAAGUGCAGUUACCACUGAGACUGUUCUUACCACAGAUACAGCAGUCGCUACAGAUGCCACUGUCACCACAGAGGGAGCCGCUACCACAGAUACAGCAGUCGCUACAGAUGCCACUGUCACCACAGAGGGAGCUGCUACCACAGAUACAGCAGUCGCUACAGAUGGUACUGUCACCACAGAGGGAGCCGAUACCACAGAUACAGCAGUCGCUACAGAUGUCAUUGCCACCACGGAGGCAACAGUCACUACAGAUGGCUCUAUUACCACAGAUGCUGUUGCAACAGAGAGAGACAAUACUAAUGACAAUGAACGUCCCACAAAUACCGCUCUCACUACCGAUGAAGCUUAUACUGUUAAUGACGUUGUAACUAAAGAAGGAGGUUUUACAUCAGAGGCCCUUGACACCAAUGAUAACACUGUUACCAGUGAAAACACUGUAAGCACAGAUAUCAGUGUUACUACAGAUAAACUUGUUACCACUGAGGGUUCUGUUACCACAGAUAAUAAUAUUAACACAGAUAAUGCACAUAGCGAUGUUACCACAGUCAAUGAAUACAGCACUGUUACCACUGAGAAUGCUUUCUCUACCGAAACCGCUGCUAACUCAGAAGGUGCCGUGACUUCAGAAAGUGUUACCACUGAGGGCGCAGCUACCACAGAAGGAGCCAUAACUACAGGUGUUGUUAUCACAGAUAGCAAUGUUAUCACUGAUAGCAUUGUUACAGCGAACAGUGCUGUUAUUAGCGCAGAAGAUGCUGUUACCACUGAGGGCGCAACUACUACAGAAGGCGCCAUAUCUACAGAAGAUGCAGUGACUACGGAAGGCGCAGUGACGACGGAAGGCGCAGUGACGACGGAAGGCGCAGUGACUACGGAAGCUGCUAUUGCCACAGAUAGCGAUGUUACCACUGAGAGUGCUGUUACUACAGGUAGCGAUGUUACCACUGAUAGCAUUGUUACAGCGAACAGUGAUGUUAUUAGCGCAGAAGAUGCUGUUACCACUGAGGGCGCAGCUACUACAGAAGGUGCAGUGACUACGGAAGGUGCAGUGACUACGGAAGGCGCAGUGACGACGGAAGGUGCUAUUACCACAGAUAGCGAUGUUACCACUGAGAGUGCUGUUACUACAGGUAGCGAUGUUACCACUGAUAGCAUUGUUACAGCGAACAGUGCUGUUAUUAGCGCAGGAGAUGCUGUUACCACUGAGGACGCAGCUACUACAGAAGGCGCAGUGACUGCGGAAGGCGCAGUGACUACGGAAGGUGCUAUUACCACAGAUAGCGAUGUUACCACGGACAGUGAUGUUACCACGGAUAGUGCUAUUACCUCAGAAGAUGUUGUUACCACUGAGGGCGCAGCUACUGCAGAAGGCGUCGUAACUUCAGAAACUGCUGUUACCACAAACGGUGAUGUUACUCCAGAGAAUGCAAUAACUGCAGAAGGCGCUAUUGCUACAGAAAGCACUUUUACCACAGAAAGAGCUCUAAGUACAGAAAGCGCUAUUACUAUAGAUAGCGAUGUUACCACAGACAGUGCUGGUUCCACGGAGAGCGCUAUUACUAAUGAUAUGGUUGCUAAAGAGGGUGUAACUAAUAAUGAAAUUACUACCACAGACGAUGGUAAUAGUACUGAAGGUAAAAUCGAUAGUUCAAUCACUCCGGACGACGGUAUUAGUGCUGGUGACGUUAGCAGUGUUGUUUCCAUCGAAGAGGCUGUUAACGCAGAAAGCACCUUGACUACAGAAAGCUCUGUUUCUACGGAGAGUGCUGUUUCCACGGAGAGUGCUGUUACCACGGAGAGUGCUGUUACCACUGAGACUACAGUUACUGAGAGUACUGUUACCAUAGUGAACGCUGUCACCACCGAAACCACUGCUACGUCAGAAGGCACCGUGAACACAGAAGGCGUUGUUACCACAGAGAGUGAUGUUACCACAGAUAACGCUGUUAACACGGAGAGUGCUGUUACUACAGAAAGCGCUGUUACAACGGUCAAUGCUGAGACCACGGGGGAUUCUGUUACCAAUGGGGAUGAUGUUACCAAUGAGGGUGAUGUUACCACCGAGGCUGACGUUAUCACAGAAAGCGCUGUUACAACAGAUAGUUUAGUUACUGCAGAAAGCGCUGUUAAUACAGAUAGCACUGUUACCACAGAAGGUGUCGUUACCACAGGUGCUGUAAGCACUGAAAGCGCUGCUACCACAAAUAGCAUUGAAACUACAGAAGGCGGAGUUACCAUGGAUAGUGCAGUUACUACAGAAGGUGAUAUUAGCACUGAUAAUACUGCUACCAUAGAUAGCAUUUAUACCACUGAAGGCGCCUUGACUACAGAAAGCACUGUUACCGCAGAUAGUGACGUUACUACAGUAGGUGCCGUUACCACAGAAGGUGCUACCGAAGAAAAAGCUGUUACCGAAGAAAAAGCUGUUACAACGGAUAUUGCGGUUACUACAGAAAGCGUUGUGACUGCUGAGGAUGCUGUUACCAUAGAGAGCGUUCUCACCACUGAAACUGCUGCUACUUCAGAAAGCAGAUCUACAGAAAACGUUGUUACCACAGAGAGUGAUGUUACUACAGAAGGUAACGUUACUACAGAAGACGGUGUUACUACCGACAGCGCUAAUGCCUCAAAAGACGCCAUUAGUGCAGAAGGUGAUGUUACUACAAAUAGUGCUAUUACCAGUGAAAGUGUUGAUUCUGAAGAGGGAGCAAUCACUAGUCAUUACACGACAGACGAUGACGUUAAUACUGAGAGUGCUCUUAAAGCAGAUAAUUCAAUCACUUCAGAGAAUAAUAUAAAGUCUGAUGAUGUUCGAACAACUAUUAAUACUGGUACCAUUGAGAGUGCUGUAUCUAAUGACGGUACUGGUACCACGGAGAAGACCACAGACACUCAAGUUACCAACGAUGACGAUUCAUAUGCUGUCAGCACUGAGAGUACGCUUCCAACAGUCAACUCUAUUACUGCAAGCGACGCUAUAACUACUGCUAAUGUUGACACUACAAAUAUUGCUGUUACUUCCGAAAGUACUGGUACCAGUGACGACACUGCUCCCAUAGAGAGUAGAUUGAGUGUUGCUAUAGAUGACACGAUUACAACAGUACAAGCAGACAAAGAACAACCAGAUUCAGAAGCAACUUCAACAACUGAACAACCAAUUGACACGACUUCAGAAUCAAGUUCUGAUGCCAUACGUCCUGAUGAACAGCUUGAUUCUGCAGAAUACAGUUCCGAAAAUGAUUCGGCGACAUGCGGACCUGAUGAUUACGAUUCAAAUGAGGAUUAUUCUGAAGAAGAGUCUGGAGAACAAAUUCCGACUACAACAGAGUCAGUUGAAGGUAACGAUGUUGAAUUGCCGACAGACAAACCCGCAGCUACAACUACAUCUCCUGAAGAAAUCGUUGAUCAAACAACUAAAGGAUCACCAUUGACUGUCCCUGUCACAGAAGUUGCUACCGCUCCACUUUCUACGAAGGCAACUUUGACUGAUGCAUCGACUUCUCAACAAAUUGACUCCGAAGCACAACCUGAAGGAACUACAUCAGAAACUGAAGCUCUUAUAUCUGAAUCAGUAACUAGAACUGAAAUACCUGUACUAUUUGAAACUCAAGAUUCGACGACAGAUUCUACAUAUUCUACUCCCGAAGCAAGCAGUGAACAACAUGCGCCUAUUGCAACACAAAGUGAUGAGUCGAGUGCUGUAGAAAGUCUGCAAAUUGAAGGAUCAUCAACUGAACAACCUAUUGUAAAUGCUGAUGAAACUGAAGAUUAUGAAUCUAGGAAGCAACCGGACUCCAGUAUUACAAGGCAACAGGAAACAACAAUGACUGAUGAUGGAUCAUCCCAAUAUCCUACAAGCGAUAGAGGAUCGGUCAUUGAUACAUCGACAGAUAAAGAUGGAACAACAAUAGAAUAUGAAAGUACAUCUACAGACGCAACUGUAGCCGCUGAAUCUAUUGCAAGUCUAGAAGGAACGACACCCUCAUACCUUACUGACAAUGAACCCGCAAAACAAAUGAAUAUAGAAACAACAACGAUUGAAAGUGAUAGAACUGAACUGACUAAUACAGAAACUAAUGAUUUGACUACACCCAGAGACGCAAAAUCUAAUGUAUAUACUAAAGAUGGAACAAAAGCGAUAGGAGAUUCUAUUGACACUACUACAAGUAGAGCAGAUUCGACGACAGCUAAUAUACUUACACGUGCUGAUGCAUCGAUCAUAACAACUGACCAUACUACAAAUGACGGAACCUCUGAGAGAGAUUUAACAAAUGAAGACGCAAUAUCUUCUGAAGAAGCAACAACAAAAACAGAUAUAAUUACUCAAACUACUGAAGAUCAAUCUGUAAUUGACGAAACAACAUUUGAUAAUAAACAAACUGACGGAUCUACAUCAAGCGCUGGUCAACAAACAACAUCCAUAUACGACCAAACAACAACAGCGAAUGUUCAGAAUACAGAUAAUGCAGAAUCAACUACCAAUGAACAAGAUGCAACAGAUACUACAAUUACAGAAGAACAAUACCUAACAACUACAGAAGAUAACAAACAAAUAGCAACAGAAGAUGCAAGCAACAAACAAAUUAUUGAAGAACAAUUAACAUCUUCUGCAACAGAAACUGCAUAUAAACAUCAACCAAGUGAAAUAGAAGACCAAUACAUAAAACAAAAGCAAUCACAAUUAGAAUCUGCUUAUCAAAACCAAGAAUAUAACAAACAACAUGAAACAACAGUUGAGCAAGAAUCAGACCAAACAACAGAAGAUCAACUGAUAGAAGAAAUACCAACAACAACAACGAAUAUACAAGAGAACAACGGUUCUGCCCAUUCUCAUACAAGUUACGCCUCAGAACCGAAACCACCUGGAACGCAAUCUGUCAUAUUCGAAACUGAAGUAGCGAUGCCUAAUACAGGAGGAAAGUUGGGCCUUAACCACGGCAGGAGAGAAAUAAUGAACGCUUUAGAGAGCAACAUGCGUCUGAAGAUUCUGCUGCUGCCGAAGGGUCCCGCCGGUAAGAACUGCUACUGCUCAUGUGACAGCAAGACGCCGCCCGCCAUCAUUCCUCUGUCGGAACUGCCGCCACAACCUACCGCGUAGAUACUGCAUUCACUGCACCCUUUCAAUAUUCUGUUGUUCUCCUUGCUAGAGAUGGGAAUUUUACAUUGACUUGUUAAAUUCCUUUCUGUAGUAAUCAACACAUAGAUAUAUAUUGGCGACAGGCGUAAGUCCAAUAGAUGCGGCGCUUGUGUCUAUGCCAUUGCUUAGUUAUUACAAGCAGUAAGUGAAUAGUUCCAGAAUAUUCCGCUAGACUUAUUCAAUAAAACUUAUUACGAACCAUCCAUUGUUUUAAGAUUGGAUAUAGAAUUUUGACAUUAGCUUCAUAUAAAUUAUGCUAAAUUCUAAUCUCUAAUCAAAAAACAACGGAAGGAUCUGUUACUGCAAUCGGCAGUCAGCUGAUAUUUUGAGAAAAGUAUCAAUUAAAACUCAAAUGCCGAGAAAACAAUUAUUGUUAUUACUCAGUAUAUUAAUUAAACGGACUCCUAAUGUUUUGAAUGUUACUAUGAAUACAUUUUCUAAUGUAAGUUAAAUAUCGAUUAUUUUUCAACAUAUUUAUACUAAUAUGUAUUGAAAUCAUUAUAAGAAUAAUAAUAUUUUGUGAAAUAAAACUAUAUAUUACUGGCA